UUGAUGUUUUCACGGCGUGAAUUUAUGUUUGUGUUGUGAGUAAAUAAGUAUAUUAAUUAAAAUAUAAAUAUGAUUGGUGUAAGGUCAAACAGUUUCAAUGAUAAUUCUGGAGAACCGGAACAAGAUGCUAAUUCUGCAUUAACGGAAUUGGAUAAAGGUCUGAGAUCUGGAAAGGUUGGAGAACAAUGUGAAGCCAUUGUCAGAUUUCCCCGUUUAUUUGAGAAAUACCCAUUCCCCAUACUGAUCAACUCCUCGUUCUUGAAGUUAGCCGAUGUGUUUCGUAUGGGCAACAAUUUCUUAAGGCUAUGGGUACUGCGUGUAUGUCAACAAAGUGAGAAACAUUUAGACAAGAUUCUGAAUGUAGAUGAAUUUUUGCGACGGGUGUUCAGUGUACUUCAUUCAAAUGACCCCGUGGCGCGAGCGUUGGCAUUGCGCACGCUGGGCGCAGUGGCGGGCAUCAUACCGGAGAGACAGAAUGUGCACCAUGCCAUCAGGCGGGGACUCGAGAGUCAUGACAAUGUGGAGGUUGACGCUGCCAUCUAUGCAACAACUAGAUUUGCUGCACAUUCUAAUGCAUUUGCAGUAGCGAUGUGCAACAAGCUAUCUGACAUGGUGGAGUGUGAGAGCACGGCCGCAGACCGGAGAGCCAAACUGGUUCGCGCCUUAAGGACUGUCCACGGUGGAGCGGUGCGGGCGCAAGGCGUGCUCAAGCUGCUGCACUCGCUGCUGGAGCGCUUCCCGUCCACGAGCUCGGUGCGCGCCGCCAUCUCCGCGCUCACAGCCAUCGCCGCCGACACCGUCGUGCACGUGCCCGAUCAGGUUGAACUUCUGCUACGUAUAGCUGCGAAGGAGGCGCGCAGUGCGGUGCGGCGCGCGGCGCUGGUGGGGCUGCAGCGGCUGGCGGAGCACGCGGCGCUGUGGCCGGCGCACUGCCUGCAGCGGCUGGCCGGAGCCGCCGCCGACUGCCGCGACCCUCGCGACGCCAUGCUCUGCCUCCGGGUCAUGCAGACCCUGGUGCGGUGCCCGGCGGUGUGCGCGGCGGCGGGCUGGGGCUGCGGCGCGGGCGCGGGCGGCGGCGCGCUGCGGCACUACUGCUUCGAGGCCACGCUCAGCGCCGACCUGCGCCGCGCCGCCACCGCCGCUGACGUCCUCACGCGCCUCGUCGUGCACUGCUACGAGGAGAGUCUGCCGGUGGAGGGAUCGGACCUGAUGCUGGCGCUGGAGUCGCUGGUCAUCGCCACCGGACAGCGGACCGGUCACAUCAAACCCUUGAGGGUCGCCUUGCGUUGCCUUGUGCAGCUGAGCAUCGCGGAGCCGAGUCUGUACGCGGAGCGCACGGCCGCCACGCUGGCCGGCCAGCUGGACGCGGCGGACGGUGGCGGGGCGGCGGGCGAGGGGCGCGGGCGCGCGCUGGCGCUGGUGGAGGCGCUGGCGGCGCUGGGCGGGGCGGCGCGCUGCACGCAGCACCUGGCGCCCGCGCUGCCCGCACUGCUGCGCGCCUUCAACAGGGAGGGGUACGGACACGUAAACGUCAUCUCUAAUUACGACGACGACGGCACGAUGCUGGUGCUGGUGUGCACGGUGAUGUUCCAGGAGCGCGCCGCCGCCCGACUGCGCGCGCGACUCAGCCGCGGCUGGGAGCAACGUCUGCUGCGAGCCGCCACCGCCCGCGACGGCUGGACGCGCUACCGCCUCGCCCGCGCCGCACUCAGGUACGGGCACCAGGCGGUGGCCGCCGACCUGCUGCGGCGGCUGAGCGGCGAGGCGGCCAGCGAGGCGGCGCAGCGCUGGCUGAGCGCGCUGCACCGCGCCGCCGACGCCGACGCCCGUCUGCUCAACGAAGGCAUCUCCGGGCUGGAGACGUGCAGCGGGCUGUGGGAGGCGUGCGGGGACGCGGGCGGCGCGGGCGGGGGCGCGGGCGCGGCGUGCGCGGCGGGCUGCGCGGGCUGCAGCGCCUGCACGCCGCUCGCCGCCGCCUGGAUGAGCGCGCGCGCCGCCGCCCUCGCCGCGCUGGCCGCCGCCGCCGCCGCCGCGCGCGCUCUCUGCACGCAGCCGCCGCCCGCGGUGGCGCAAGCGGCGCGCGAGGCGAGCGGCCGAGCGGGCGCGGCGGCGGGCGCGUUGCGGCGGGCGGCGCGCCAGGCGGCGGGCGUGGCGCAGCGGUACGCGCACAUCGCCCGCACCGCCUUCCACGCAGACGACUCCACGCUCGAUCACCUUCAUAUCUCGCAGCACACGUUUGCGCAGCUGGCGCAGUUCCUGGACCGCGCGGGGGGUGCGGGAGGCGGCGCGGGGGUGGAGUACGAGACGUGCGCCGCGCCCCCCGCGCCCCGCACGCUGGAGGAGGUGGUGGCGCUGGCGCCGGCCGCGCGCCUGGCCGCCAUCAGCGCGGAGCUGUUCGAGGGCCCCGCCGCCGCCGCCGCCGCCGCCGCCGCCCCGGCCGGCAUCACGCACAAGCACGCGGAGGCGGUGCUGGCGGGGGUGCGGGCGUGCUGCGCGGGCGCGCUGUGGCCGCGCGGGGUGUGCGAGGCGCGGGGCGCGGCCACGCUGUGCCGGCUGUCGCUGGCGCCGGGCUGGCGCGCGCCGCCGCCGGACCACGCGGCCGCGCUGCCGCUGGGACACCGCCUCGCCCUGCGCAUGGAGGGCGUCGCGCUGCACCCGCCCGUCAGCAAGCGUCAGGGGCGGCGCGCGGUGCGGGGCGUACAGAUCACGGUCACCGCCUCCCCGCACGCCCCGCACACCCCCCACACCCGCAACAACGACAAGAGCGCGGAGGCGGGCGCAGUGGGCGGGGCGGUGCUGCGCGCGGUGCAGACGGUGACGCCGGUGCGAGAUUUCUUCUCGGCGCAGCAGCUGGUGAGCGUGCCCGCCGCCGGACUCUACACUGUGGCGGUCGACGCCGCCUUCGUCGACGACAAGGGCCAGCUCUGGCUCACCGGCCCGCGCACCAGCAUCGUCGUCAAGGCGCACGACGACCCCGCCAGCAAGGGCGCGGCGCAACCCCCGCGCACCAGGUUCUAGAGCCGCGCCGCACACCCGCCGCCGCCACUACCAUCUAACUUUGUAACAAUUGUAUC